ACGGAGGGUAUUUUGGGCUCGGGACGAAAGAUCUUUUCAAUGACCUCGUCUUCCAUGUCCGAAAAAGAAAAGUCGCUGGCGGGUGAACUCUACCAGGCGUUCGAUCCCGAACUCGUACAGGAACGCGCCAACGCCAAAUUGUUGUGCUGGAAAUUCAACCGCACUUCACCUCUGGAAAUCGAGGAGCGUAAAGCGUUGUUGCAAGAGAUGGUCGGUGUGGAUGACGCUUUGAUUGAACCGCCGUUCCAUCUGGAUUACGGAUACAAUAUGAAAAUUGGCAAGAACUUUUACGCCAAUCACGGCUGUACCUUCCUCGAUUGCAACGUGAUUACAAUUGGCAAUAAUGUUAUGCUAGCUCCGCACGUAAUCUUAACCGCAGCUACGCAUCCACUGUCGGUUGUGGAACGUCGGAAUGGUGACGAACUGACGGGGCCCAUCACCAUCGGCAACGACGUUUGGAUCGGCGCCAACGCAACCGUACUCCCCAACGUGACGAUCGGCAACAACGUCGUGAUUGGGGCAGGUGCAGUGGUCAACAGAGACAUUCCCGACAACGUAGUAUACGGAGGUGUCCCCGCAAAGAUUAUUCGGUCUCUGAAAGGAGACGCUCGGGAUGAUGAACGCCCCCCGUCGGGCGAGCCCCGGGCUACCUAACGACUCGAGGAAUAUACGCUAGGUCCACGGGUUAUACUAUAUACACAAAAAAUGAGCAUAAGCUUAUAUUUUAC